UGAUAAUACUAUCGUUCAUUGCAAAAAUUGUCCAGUCAGUUUUAUUGACAAACACAUGUUUUUGUUGCAAUUCAUCACCUCAACGCAAUUGUCUUUUUUUCGUCAACGGAUUUGGAAAGAAAUGGGCUGGAAAUGUGUAAUCAUCCAAGUUCAAAAUUACUGAAAUCAUAAGACGCUGAACGUGUGACAAAUUAUCGUUGCUGAAGCAACAUACGCAAGGCAACCGAGCCGUUGGUAUUAAGGACUUUGAGGAGAUAGAGGUGAGAAAAUCCUGAAUAAAAGUACGAGCUUUGAGUUUUUCCGGAAGACCAAGUAAUUCUCAAGACUGAAGAAAGAUCCCCAAUUGUUGCUCGCACACAACAAAACUGAAGUGGCAAUCUCAAAAUGAGCCAACAAGACGUUGAUGACAAAAACCAAAUGCAAGCCGUCGAGCAGAACCAAAAUCAAGUGGUUGCAGCAGAAGCAAUUGCUCCGAAUGGCGAGCCUCAACCGUCGGUCUUCAAAUUGGACAUCGAUUGCUGGGACGAAGUACUCGAUUGCCUGUCGUUGGAGGAUGAGCACUCGUUUGGUCAAACGUGCAAGGCUUUUCACCGUGUCACCGGCCAAUAUUUUCAAUGGAAAUACGUGAGUGCUUUAGCUCUUUGCGACGAAGAUGGCAUUUACUUCAAUGGCAGAAGAAUGAAUGGUUUCAAAGAGUUUGUCCAACAAAUUUGGUUCUGGAUGGUAACACUCAAUUCAGCGUUUGGUUACAUUGAAACCAACUGCAAAGCCGAAAUCAAGCGGCUCAUUUUUUCCCAUAUUGAUCUUAAUCAGGACAUCAAGGCAAUCGAGAAACGUUUGGAAAAAAUCGACAGCUUGGAACUACGGUGCUGCAAAUUUGAUGAAGACAUUUGGCGAACGCUUUUUGAAUCGUGCAAGAACUUGAAGCGACUAAGAUUUUGGGAUUGUUCUCGUGGUUUAUUUGCUUGGCUAGUUCAAAAACAUCCAAAACUCGAACACUUGGAAUUGCGUACGAAAGACUCAUUGGAAAGCGGGAAAUUGAAGAAUUUUCUCGACAAUUGCCCAAAUCUCCAAAGCCUUCAAAUCGAUGCAAAUGUGCUAUGGGAUAGUCGAGAUUUGAUCUGCGAUGCCAACGUUGAUGACUUGGCCAUUGAUAUGAACAAAGACAUCGAUACCACCAUUGGUUUCUUGAAUGACCUUCAUGAGAAAGGCUUCUUCAAAAGAUUGCAUUUUAGAUCUGAAAGCAACGUGCCUUCAGCUGAUCAAUUACUUUCGUUGCCCGGACUCGUUACACUGUACAUUGGUCCGUACGAAAAACGAAAUCUUAAGUUUCCCGUUUUGCCCAGCAUCAAAGAGCUUGGUAUCACUUGCGUUGGUAUAGACAUCAUCACGGAUGCCAUGGCCACCAGUCUCAUCAAUCUGGAGCAGCUUUUCAUCACCGAUUCAGACCAUUUGAUGCCGUUCAUUCGUCGGUCAGCAAAAUUAAGAGACGUUGAAAUUGCUGAAUACCAAGAAACAGUUCUCGACAUCGCUGCACUGAACAAAGAACGCAGAAAGUUGGUAGGAGCACGCAAGGUGACCAUUUACGUCAAUGAACGUGUUUAUUUGGCAACAAAAUGGGCAACCCCAGAUACGUCGUUGGAACUGAUCGAAUUAAAACGUCAAUCAUCACGAGACAUCGUUCGUCCACACAGCUUUUGGCAAAGAUUCCGAGAGCUUAAUUAGUUUAUCAACUUUUUUUUUAUUAUUCCGAGAAACUAAAUAGUAAACACCAUCUAAGAGCUUCUCAACAAAUCCAUUAACCGCUGAACUAACUAAAAAAAUCUGCUGUCAUGUAGAUUAAUCGUAGGAAGGAAUUUUCUGAUUUUUUUUCUGGAUCUUUCAAUAUCUUCAUGAUUUUAAAAAAAAUGUACGGUCUUCUGAAUAGGUGACCAAUUCUAUCAGAAUGUGUUUCUUUAUCUCUUCUAUGUGACAAUUUGGUCAGUUUUACAGUGAGACACAG